CGUUGACAUUUAACCUAUCAACAUGAGCAGCAACGUGGACAAGGACAGCAUGGAAAAGGGAAUUAUCACCUCUAUAUACAUGGAGAAUUUUGUCACUUAUGACAAGGCGAAAGUAAAGCCUGAAAGAUAUCUCAAUGUUAUCGUCGGACCUAAUGGUUCUGGCAAAUCCACCAUCGUCGCCGCUAUAGUUCUCGGUCUAGGAGGCAGGCCAAAUAUCAUUGGGCGAGCCCUUCACAUAGGAGAAUACGUGAAGUAUGGACGCGAUACGGCGAAAAUAGAAAUUCAUCUAAAAAAUGGCACGAAAAAGGAUUCUAUAGUAACUAGGAUAUUUACUAAAGAUGGAAAGUCGACAUGGAUGAUUAAUGGUAUCCAAUCGAGUUUCAAAACUGUUCAAAAAUUCACAGCCAAACUUAAUAUUCAGGUUGACAAUCUUUGUCAAUUUUUGCCGCAAGAUAAGGUACAAGAUUUCUCAAAAAUGGAUGCUCAAGCAUUGUUAGAAAAUACAGAAAGAUCUGUUGGGGAUCCAAAACUCCUUGAGUAUCAUCAAAAAUUGAAGGAACUAAGAACCAGUUUCAAGAAAUUAGAGGUUGAUGUAACCAAUACAAAACAAUUAUUGGAAUCUAAAAUUCAGAGGCGUGAUGGAUUACAACAAAUUGUUGCGACCAUAAAAGAGAAAAAGUUGAUAAAGAAAAAGAUUGCAACGUUGAAACAAAAAAAGGCAUGGAUACUGUACGAUCAAAUGCGAAGAAGAUUAGUGGAGUCAAAAAAAGUCAGAGAUCAGGCAGUAAAAGAAAUGCAAUCAAUAGAGGCGGAACUAAAACCAUUAAAUAUAAAAAUUGAAAAAGACAAGUCUAAAAUGACAGCGUUAAAAAGUUCCUUAAAUAAUCACAACCGUGAAGUUCAGGCUAAGAGUACAAAAUUAAGGAACGUAAUGAAUCAAAUUCUUUGCUCUAUAAAUAAGAUCAAAGAUGCCGAAAACACAUGUUCUCGAAACAUUCAAGCAGAACAGACUCGAGAUCAAGAAAUUAAUCUCGCCCAACAGCAGAAAUGCAAACUUGAGAACGAUUUUUCUCUCACGGUUGCUGAAAUGGGAUCAGAGGAAAGUUUAACGAAGCAAUUGAAAAAUAUGGUAUCUAAUCUGGAGGAACAUAGAAGAAAAAUAAGUAAUCUUACUAAUAAAAGUACCACAUUGAGGCACGAGGAUGAAAACAUUAAUCGUGAAAUGAGAGCUGUGCAAGCGGAACUCCAAACUCUUAAUAUUGAUGUGAAACGAUUAGAACUGUUGAAACAAAGAGAUAUGAACGCAUACAAAGCUGUACUUUGGUUAAAAGAAAAUCGAGACAAAUUUUCAGCGACAGUGCAUCUGCCUAUGUUGCUCAAUAUUAAUGUAAAAGAUGCUUCAUACGCCAAGUAUUUAGAAAACAUAAUACCAUUUCGUGAUUUAAUCGCAUUCACAUGUGAGGAUAAACGGGAUAUGAAUCUGCUACUGAAGUUUAGGGACCAACAGAAAUUGCAAGUCAAUGUAGUUCAUUCUGAUCCAAUGAAAAGAGUUUCCAUGCAACCAAAUAUAUCGAUAGAAAACAUUAAACAGUUUGGUUUCAAGCAUUAUUUAUCGGAGCUCAUUGAAGCACCAUCCUCUAUAAUGAAGUAUCUAGUCUCGAUGUAUUCCUUAAACAAUAUCGCUGUCGGAACGAAUGAAGUCGAGAAUAAUACAGGUCACAUACCUCGCAGUUUACGCUGUUAUUUUAGUGAAAACAAUGCAUACUUCGUUAGUACGUCCAAGUAUACGCGCGAAACAUCGACCAGAAUAUCGCGGGUCAGUGGAAAUGGGUUGCUAUCUAUUGUUCUAGACAAACAUAAAGUACAGAAGUUCCAAGAAAGAUUACAACUCUUGCAAGAAAAAAAGAAUGAAAUCUCAAUCCAAAUUAAAGAAAUAGAAAAUAAAAUAAGGGAGCAGAAUACAGGACUAGAUGAAUAUAGAGCGAACAGGACCAAAUGUCAACAAAAUAUUCACCAUAUUCAAGCAUUAAAAAGUAGAAUAAACAUAGCUGCAGAUAAAAUUAAGCAGCUGGAAUCCGGCCGGAUGAAUAUUGAUGAUAUUAAAGCAGUCUAUACCAAAGAGAUUAAGGCCAUUAUAAAGAAACAAUUGCAAAUAUAUAAAGAAUACAAUGCAAUUUUACAAGACUGUUUCAAUUGUAAUACAAGUAACGUAGAGGUUAAAUUUGCAAUUACGUUAUUGCAACAAACUUUAAUGUUCACGGAGAAUAAUGCCGAGGAUUUAAAGGAUAAAUUUAAAAUAGCAGAGAGGCUAUUUAAGAGACAUGACGAAGAAUUCCAACCCUUAAAGAAAGAAGCUGAAAGACUGUAUAAUGACGCGUUGGCAACCACCGAUAAUAUUAGUCCACAAAAUGACGCGUUUAAACCUUUUAAUAAAGCCUUUGAAAAAUUACCAGCUACUAUAGCUGAAAUAAAUAAUGAAUUAAAUGUCGCUCAAGCAAAAGUUUUUUGUAUGGCGAAAAAUGUGGACGCCGAGAAUAUAUUGCGUGAAUAUGAAGAAAUGCAAAAUGACAUUCAAAACUUAACUGAAUUUGUCAAAAAGAAGAGUACCCUGCUACGGGAAAUGACGAUAGAGAUUGAGAAACUGAAAGAAAUGUGGUUACAACCAUUGCAGCAAUUGGUUGAAAAGAUUAAUGAAAAUUUCAGUACUUACUUUUCCGAGAUGGACUGUGCCGGCGAAGUUACACUCUCACAUGGUGAAAAUGUCCUGGAUUUCGAUCAGUACGGUCUAAAGAUUAAAGUGAAAUUUCGUGACUCGGACGAAUUGCAGGAACUAACACGACAUUUUCAGAGUGGUGGCGAAAGAACAGUCACCACCGCCAUUUACAUGAUAUCGCUGCAGGAAUUGUCGCGCGUCCCAUUUCGCUGCGUUGAUGAAAUAAAUCAGGGCAUGGACGCAGUAAAUGAGAGACGAGUCUUCGAUUUACUCGUCAAGAUGACAGGAAGGCCGGGCAGCUCGCAAUAUUUUUUGCUCACACCAAAGCUGCUGCCUGACCUGACAUACGCCGAAACAGUGACGGUGCACUGCGUUUUCAACGGAUUCAAAGCUGACGAUGUAGAGUUUAAUUUUGAUAUGCAGGAUUACUGCAAUUAUCUCACAUCGUCAGUUUAAAUGCAAACAAAAACAUGUAAAGAUAUUUUGUUCCUAUGUAUAUAUUAAAGUUUUACGAGUUAUUACUACAGAUUUCUAUAGAAUACCUAGAUUGCUAACAUGUUAUAGUUUGUUACCAAUUGAAUUGAAGUCGAGACAUCAUAUAUUUACCCGGUAAUCACAUACAGUGCUCCAUGAAGUAGUGUUAGCAUUUAAUAAUAUAGAUUAAACUUUUGAUGUUUUUGAAUGUAAUCCAUCACUAAAGGUAAAGAUAAUCGCUACUCUCCCUCCUGAAUUACUUGGCUUCACUUCAUUUCUCGGAACUAAGGUAUAGCGAUCUAAGGUAUUCUAUAGAAAUCUGAUUAUUAUAUGUAUUAAAAAUUUAUUUUUAGUUUUGUAUACAUAGCAUAUGGAGCGUGCUUAAGAGAGAGUUCAAAAGUAUUUUAUAUUUUUGUAAAAUAGAGAAACGUGAAAACUAGAGCUUUAAUAAGCUUUAACAUACUUUUGCAGCAUUUUACAUUAAAUUAAUGCUAAUUAAUAAUAUAUAAUGUCAAGUAUUUGUGUAUCAGCAGGGCGUAUCCAGGAAUUUUUUCGGAGGGAGGUUUUUCAAUCCUGUUAAUUUAAUGCAUAAAUAGCAAUUGUUUGCAUUAAUGAAUUGGAUAAUCGUAACGGAGAGAAAAUAUUUUGCGAUAAUAAAAAAUUUAUUUAGAAUCAAAAGUUGUAUAAUUAAAAAUGAAAGGUAAAUUUCGAGGAGGGGAGUUGAACCACUCAAACCCCCCCUUGGAUACGCCCAUGACUAAAAUUAAAACAAAAUGUAUACGAUGAGUUUAUUUCAUAUGCGCCUUACAUAAUUGGAUAUUUGUAUCCUAUUGAACUACUUCUAAUAUGUUAAAAGUACGUUUCCA